AUGUUAAGUGCGAGGGAGACUGCUACACCUCUAAGUGAUGGCCCAUCUCAACCCUCUCCAUUUUCCAACUCUUCCUCUGCUGUUGUUGAAACUCAAUCCCCUUCCCCGUCGAGUAACAAAACCGAGACCCUGAUGUUCCACGCAACCAAAAAUAUAAAACAGAAGCGUCAAGAAGCGCUACCUUCCACAGCAUUGCACCGACUUUGCCGUCGUCCCUGGUCCACUGAUCCCCUCCCCGAUGAUUUAAAGACUCAAUUACCAAAUGAAUGUAGUAGUAGUAGCAGCAGCAACAACAGCAACAGUGAUGCUGAUAAGCAAUAG